CAUGCAUGCACGACGGCACGGCCAUCAGCCGGCAUGCCUCGCUCUUGCGCAACCACACACAACAACACCCGCAUGCUUCACUCGCGCUGCUGAAAUAUGCGCAGACCUGACCGGGCUAUAUAACUUUUGCUUCUGGCGCUCUGCAGCCAGUGAAUGACUGUCAGGGCGACCAUCCUCCAACCACCCACCCCGCCAGACUCACUUGGAUCGACACUCAACGAGGAGACCCGAGACAGCGCAUCUCACCGCCGACUGCUGGGCGGCGCGCACAAGAAGCCUCGCUGUCCCGGCUAUCCAGGACAGCUGGUCAAACAUGUCGUCUCCCAGUCCCAUCCCACCUCCCAACGACCGACGUUCUUCACGCUCCUCGCGCUCUUCCAGCAACGCCGCCUGGACAGGCUGGCCCGACGAGCACGACGACAGAAUCAUGGUCGGUGGCCCUCCAAGCAGCCCCUCGCCCCUGGCUGUCCGCGUGUCCAAUUCGCCGUCAACGGCGCGUCGUCACAGCCGAAUUAUCAAAGUACCCCCCGAGUUCGCCAACCUCGAAUACGUCUCCGCGCCCGACAGCAACCUCGUCUGCCUCAUCUGCCAUGCGCCCUUCGACAGGCCCGUCCAGCUCUCCUGCGAGCACUACUUUUGCCGCGAGUGUCUCGAUCACGCGUGGGCCCCGCAGCCCAGCGGCCGGCGGACGUGUCCUACGUGUCGGCAUGCUGUGGAGACGGACCAUGACAUUCGUCCUGUGCCCAAGAUCAUCGAGACAAUGCUCGACGAGCUGGUGGUCAAGUGUCCCAACACAAAAGCCGGCUGCAACUGGGUCGACCAGCGCGUCAAUGUCCACGAUCAUGUCAUGCUGUACUGCGAAUACACGCCCGUCGAGUGCUCUGCCGCAGACUGUCGCCUGCAGAUAUCCCAAAAGGAUUUCCACAAGGGCUGCUUGCAUUACACCGUCAGCUGUGACGACUGUCACGCUUCCCUGCUAAAGAAGGACCUCGAGGAGCACCAGCGAAGCCUCUGCGACAAUCGCCUGACCAUCUGCUCGCUGUGUGAAGCUCAAGUCCUCCGUCUAGACCUCAAACCCCACAUCAACAACGACUGCCCCAAACAUGUCAUAUCAUGCCAAGGCACAAUCGUAGGCUGCAAGUUCACUGCCGAACGAGUCGACGUCUUGAACCACGAAAGCAGCUGCGCAAUGGCGACAAUGGCCCCCCACUUCCGCGAGCAACAAGCCCGCAUCGAGCGCAACGAAGCAAGACUGGAACCCCUGACGCGCAAAGUCGGAAUCCUCGAAGACGGUCUUACAAAUAUCACCAACUAUCUUUAUCCCGCCAAUGGAAACGACGCGAGUUUUCCCGUCACCGAUCCUUUGGAUCCAAACGAUGCGCAGGCUCCUACGCCAGACUUCAGACUCCCGCCUGCGUCGUUCCCACCGGCAGGGAGUGAGAACAACAACACCGCACAACCUCCUUUCGACUCGCAGGUCCAUCAUCUGCUUACGCUGCAUGAUAGCCUGCGAGAAGAAGUCAGUCGCAUCGCAAAUGCGCUUACCGACCUCGACGGCCGCACCAACAUGAUGAUUAUAAACGAGAGUCAACGCUCAAAAGACGAAAUGCUGCAUGUCAACGCCGCUAUCAGCAAUAUGCGCAUGCACUUGCAGUGGGUCGUCAGUGCGACGCUGCAGCAGAGGAGUAAUGCUGCCGGCGGCAGUUCCAGGACACCGGGCAGCGGUGCUACGACUGCAGGUGCAAGCGGCGCAAGCAACGGUGCACGAGCGAAUACUGGUGCUAGGCCGGGCAUGGGUGUCGUAGGGUUGACGGGGUUUCGCAGGCUUAGUGACAGUAAUAGGCAAGACACUAAGCUGUAGAGGAAGGGGGCAAUGAUGACGACGAUGAUGAUGGUUACGAUGAUCGCGGGCGAGCAUCCAUGAUUGAUAUGUCUUAUGAAAAGUGAGGGUUUUGGGCGUUUUUCUUCUAUACAGGGGAGGUUAUAAGGGGUUGAUUGUUUUUUGUCUUUGGAAGAGGGAGGAAAGAUUGAACAUUGCUUCUCUCUUGGAAGCGGAGUUUGAGAACUUGGUAUGGGAACAAGGUUGAAAUACCCCAUCUUCUUCUUUUACUUUGGUAGUUUAGGUGCUGCGGCAUGGAAAGGGGAUUUUACAUUGAAAGCUUUCCACCACAAAGGGAAAAACUAGGAGAUAUCAGAUUAAGAAAAAAAGAAGAAUAUAUCAUAUAACUUGAG